UCCUUUGUGAAUGUUAUUUGCUGUAAGACGACUGUAGUCUCUCAGAUACUAUGAGUAUAACUCUCAAGCUACUGGCUGGAACUUAACCAUUACAGUGUUUUUUUUUUAAUGUGCUGCCAACCUCAUGCUCCAGCUAAUGCUAAGACAAACUAUUUUUUCUCUUGUGGACUUACCAGUUUGUCAGCUUUUUUAUCUCCCUGUUAUACAACAAACAGCUACAAGUGUGUGUGAAAUGUGCUGCAGAAUGCUGACUGGAGGCCACUCUUGUGUUAAAGUUCCUAAAAAGAUAAACAUGUCUGUUUAGAUCAGCUCAGGGGAGCUGUUAUUUACACAACAGCCUCGGUUAUGGUUCAUUCAUAUGGUCCCUGAGUCCUUACAGUGUGGCCCAGAUGGCGUACUCCACCGGAACUAUCGCAAAGGGCUGUUUUGGGAAGGUAUACAAGGAGAAAUACAAUGAUACCUGGGCUGCUAUAAAGAGGGUCCCCCAACAGCUCAUCAGUAGGAAAGACCUGGAGAGAGAGUGUAAAGUGUAUAACAAAGCAAAUCAUCCCAACAUAGUGAAGCUUCUGGGCAACAUAAGUCUGAAAGACGGAAAAUGGGUUAUUCCUCUAGAGUUUAUCUUCGGAGAGGACUUGGAGACGACCAUCUUCAAAGCAUCAAAGUCUAAAAUAACGUUAUCUCCGUCUGUUAAAGGCACUAUCAUUGUCGGCAUGUGCGAAGGGUUGGCGUUCCUCCACUCCAGAGAUAUUGUCCAUCAAGACCUCAAGCCUGAAAACAUCAUGGUGGAGCAUGACACCAACAGAGCUGUCAUCAUUGACCUGGGACUGGCUAAGUUCUUCCGUUUUGGUCUCAACUCUGCCAUAGACAUGGGGAACGAGGCCUACUCAGCCCCCGAGGUGCUGCAGAGAGGCAGUCAGAGGGACCAGCGUUCAGACGUGUGGGCCAUGGGUAAGAUGAUUGCUGAGCUUUGUGCCCGGAUUCGGCUGUACACACCCAGCGUCUGUCCUGCCAAGAUUAAGGAGAUCCUUAAGGAUCAGCCAUACUGUCAUGCUGUGUGUAGAAUGGUGGACGCCGAUCCUUCUCUGAGGGCAUCCAUGGGUGGGGUCUUGAAUGAGAUACGAAAAGCCGCAGGUGCAGGUGUCGCCAACAAUGCAUCUGUUCAGAAAGACCACCUUAAGCUACCUUCACCUCACACAAAUGCCAGAAACCGGUCUCCGUCACCUGUGAACAGAGGUGCAUCUCCAGCGAAUAGAGAUCCAUCGCCAAUGAACAGGGCUCCAUCACCGUUUAACAGGGAUGGCCAAUGAACAGGGCUCCAUCACCGUUUAACAGGGAUGCAUCGCCAAUGAACAGGGCUCCAUCACCAUUUAACAGGGAUGCAUCGCCAAUGAACAGGGCUCCGUCACCGUUUAACAGAGAUCCAUCACCACACAAUGUGUCUCCAUCACCGCUGAAAUGGGAGCGCACACCCAGACCAGAAUUCAAAGCUGUGCGAGCACAAGCUGCAGCACACAUCUCCCCUCAGAGGCUAGAGGACAAGAAAAAAAAACAGGCUCUGGUCCCAUCAGGCGGAUCUGACAUCACACAAGACCUCAUGAAAAUGAAGUUGUACCAAGAGGCUGCCAAGGAUCUGCCCUGCAGCCUGCCCACAACGGGGAGGGUGGUUGUGCGGCGCUUUCAGGAGAAAGAUGGGGAGGUUGAGACAUGGGAGCAGAAGGAGGUGGUGACUCGUGGUGGGAAGAUAGUCAAAUUUGAUGAUAUCAAGUUUAAUAGCAAGUAAGAUUAAGAGAAUUUAUUAAGAACUUUGUCACCUCAAAAAGGAUUGCAUGUGCUGGUUGAAUGGUUGGUGCUGGGUCACCUAACUUUUGGUAUCUUCUUAGGAGAGCAUGUAAAACACACUUCCAUUGAGUAAAAAGUAAAAUGAGAUUGAAGGGAUACUUAGCGGAUUUUCAACCAGCUUUGUAUCAUAAUAGGAUGGGUAAUAUGUGUAAAUGAACUGUGAUAAAUUUCCCUCAGUCUUACCAGCGGCCAGAUCUCCCUGCUCAUCCCUCAGCUCAAAUCCACUGGAUGAUACUUUUCAUGCAUCCAGCAGAUUUUUGCUGGCUCUAGGGCUGUUGCUCAAACUACAAACUGUAGCCUACACAUUUUUGUCAAAGGCUGGGACACAGCCUGACAGGACCUUUUGGGUACUUUCUAAUGAUGGGCAGCCGAUGUACAGCAAAUCAUUUUAACACAACUCGCCACCACAGGGCUGUAGGCUACAUAGGAAUCUUAAAAUGUCGUCUGGUUGUGUUAUUGGGAGCCAGAAAUUGGGGCGGUAUUAAAAGGACUGUUGGAUUUCUCUGUAACGCUAACUUCUUAGUGCAUUAGCUAACAUUAGCUUUCGAUAGCAAAACAAACCGGAGGAAACUGUUCAAGUGUCGUCCUCCUUUGUAAGAUUGGCAUAAUAAUCGACCACAAAGCCGGCCCACCUUCAGCAAUCCUAUCAAAUCAUCCAUCCACUGAGUGAGAGCGUACGGGUCGGCCAGUCUGGUCCCAUUGGUCAGUGUUCACUUUUUCAAGUUACACUCGCUGUUCCAGAGAGUGAGUGACCUGACAUGGUGCGUUCAUAAAUUCUACUACUCUACUUCAGAAACAUAUUUUAGUGCACUGUUUGACUGUUAUGUGAAAAUUUGUGAACAAGAAGUGGGCACCAUACUGUUUCCUGUAUUGCAAAAAUGGAGGCUGAAAAUUCUGAGAUGAAAUGGUAAAACUAAGCAGCACAGAUCAGAUAUGAACCAAGAUUCUGUUACUGCGUUGCCCAUUUCUUCCUUUAAAUGUUUUCAGAAACAUAUCUUUGCGUACCGUUUCACUGUAAUUUGAGACCCUUUCUUUUUUUUACCAGUCAGCUGCCUUAUUGUUUCCUGUGGAAAAACGGCCAGGCUCACGUUAUGUCACUUACCAGCGGGAGCAUUAAUUGGUCUGGUGUGGUGCAGUGCAUUCUGGUAGUUGUAGGUUUUCUACUUCUUGAGCAAAAACAAAUGCCACAACCCUCUUCCUCAGUUUCCUCUGGUCAUGUAGCACCAAGUUUUAGAAGUAUUUGCAUCUUUCUACUGCACAGACAGCCAAGUUUUGUAAAAAAUAUUUCUAGCAGUUCUUCAGGCUACAACAGGUGUCUGUUUUUCUCACACACAAAAAAAGGAUUUGAAACCAGUUACAAACUUGGAAACACAGUAAGGCAGUUUAAAGCAGUAAUAAGAGGACAUCGUGUACUGGCUUUGGAUGUGCUGUAACAUGCUAGUCAUCCGUGUCAUUUACUUGCCAAGAAAGAAAUAUCUGCAGGCAUGAACAAUUAUCUGUGAAUGUUUUUUUUAGCAUCUGAAUGCGUAAGACUGUGAACAUGGCUCAUACAUUAUGUGUAUGUUUCUGUAUAUAAAUAAAUUCUGAAAUCUCACUUGCAGAGAUGGGUUUUGUUAUUU